GGUCUCCGAGCCGAGCUUAGCCGAACCCAGCCGAAUGGCCCGUGGACAGACGGUGUCUCUCACAGUCAGUAGUUGGACCUUUGCUCAAAUGGUCAUCGCUCCACCUAGAGACCGGUCACCCAUCUGACAACAUCCUACACCCACGUCGCUACGACUCUACUCCGUACUAUGGCUGAUAAUAAACUAUCCACAUCGCAACAGCCGUCAUCCUAACUCGGUAUGCGUUCGAGAACCACCGACCGCUUCCUCAGUGACGAGCACCUAUCAUCCGCAGGUGGAUUCCCUAUAUCAAGUGCUUACAUCCGUACACGCGGCUACUAAAUCAUGUGUGAUAGCUAAUCGACUUCAAAUUUUCGCUGUGUCAACCUUAGGAGAUGAACACACUUCAGAUAUUGUUCAAAAUCUAUAGUGAAAACCUUGUGAACGUACUCUGAAAAUAACAUUUUGUGAUAAUUUAAGAAUUUCUCAAAUUCGCAUUGAAAUAAUUAUAGAAAAUUCAUUCAUGAACAGAUGAUUAUGUGCGUGUGAGUUUUCCAAAAAUAUAGAAAUUUCACAGCUGUGCUAAAAUUUUACAGCUUUGUUUACGGUGAUAAUUUGAGAGGUAAACAAACUCACGGUAUAUCUGUUGUAGUGAGGUUAUUACAGAUUGAUCAUCUUAUUUUCAAAUAAGUGCAUAGAAUAACAACAACGAACUGUACAAAAUAUACGUGUAUCUACAUUUUUAGUGUUAUCACCAAGGAUUUGUCGGGUUAAUAAUGUACUAGAUACAUACAUUGAACCGUGUUUAUUGUUGUGUCACAUAGACAAAAAACAUUGUGAUUUUGUAUGAGGAUUUUUGUGAGUUUUGAGACAUGAAGACCAGAUUGAUAAUGAUAGAUCUUCAGCAGUAGUGUUGAUAAAAUUACCGAAACGACAAUGAGGAUUAAAAUGCCGGCCGUUCGCAUCGCUCAAGCGGAUGCUGAGGCCGGCGCACUAAUGGGCGGCCAGGACAUUCUGACGUGCGGCGUGUGCCAGAAACCGUUCGCCCUAGGCGACAUCGUCAAGUUCAUCCAACACAAGGUGCUCACCUGCAACAAGGAGAACUACUCCUGUCUGGAGCAAGCCACUUCCAACCACCUCGACUCUGGAGACAGCGACGACGGCAGCCAGCAGCAACCCCUAGGCGUCGUCAACACGCGACGCCCCUCCAUUUCGGCGCCCAUGAAGAAGGCGUCGUCGCCCAGGGUGCUCUGCACUCCGUCGCCGCCCGAGGACCCCGUCUGCUCGACGCCCAUCAAGGACGACCCCCAAGGCGCCGAUGAUCUCGAUUGUGAGGCCGGUGCUGGCAUCAGGCCGCGCCGCAUCAAGGAGGAGCUCGACAGUUCGGCGGACGAAGCGGGACUGAAAAAGAGCCGGACCGAUGUGGCUGAUGCUGAAUCAAACACUACGCAUUCUGAACCGAGCAACUACGUGUGCUCAACGUGCAAACAGCGACUACACUCGGCCUGGCGCCUGGUGCAACACGUGCAGACCAGUCACGGCAUCAAGAUCUACGUGGAGUCGCCGGGCUCGUCGCCCAAGAGCAACAACUGUUCCACAUCCUCCUCCUGUUCCACGAGCUCAUCGGCGUCGGGAAACGGGAACGGCGGGCCUACCCUAGCAGGGGGUGCAGCACCUCUGCAACUGCAGUCAAGCCGGCAGUUGCAGUUGGCGGCCUCUUCACCCCUGGUAGACCCGCUACCGCAUCAUCCACUGGUCCCUCACCACCAUCACUGGUCCCUCAGGAUGCCGCCGCCGCCGCCUCAUUCAGGAGCAGCUACCCCUUUCCCCCCUACCCACCCCCCGCCGCAUGGGGUGCCCUCUUUCGCCCGCCCUUCUAGUCAUCACGAUCCCCACCAUCACCACUUCCGCAUGGAGCAGCUGGUCUCCGAGCAGUUCCGUCACCACGGCAUCAACCUCGCCGCUGCCGCCGCGGCAGUCGCUGCAGCCAACGCUGCUCCCCCCACCUUCCCUCCAACACCCCUCUCCACCACACCUCCCACCCCCUCUCGACAACCACCACCACCACCUCCCACCCUCUCACUGCCCCUAGAACCGCAGCUCGACUUCUACUCGCAACGCCUACGCCAACUUGCAGGCACUACUAGUCCCGGUGCAGUCGCCAACGGUGGUUCUUCAUCACCAUCACCCCGCAAACUCACCCCACCAUUCACUAGUCCCACUCAGAACCCAGCCACCCCUCUACCACCACCCUCACCCAUCAAUCCCACACCCAACAUACCUACCACAAGUGUUGGCAGUGGCACCCACAGCAACCCACCCCUAAACAACAACAACAACAGUGUCAACAACAACAACAAUGAUCACUUGAGUACCAACAACAAUAAUGUGACGUCAUCACCGGAAGAAAGUCAAAUACCUCGACCUACGAUCAGUCUCACACCACCAGAGAAACACUCUCAACGUGCUGACUCACCUACAAGCAACUCGAUCGACCUGACUUCCACACCGCGUUCAGCAUCAACCCCUCCUAACAGCGAAAAACCGGCUGAUUUUUCACUAAACUCAAGUUCCGCCAACUCUGCUGGUGAUAAGUCGAUCAGAGCCUGCGAGUACUGUGGCAAGAAAUUCCGGUUCCAGAGCAAUCUAGUUGUGCACAGGCGAACGCAUACAGGGGAGAAGCCCUACAAGUGUUCUGUAUGCAACCAUGCCUGUUCACAGAGCUCCAAACUCAAGAGACACAUGCGGAUACACAGAAUGUCCAGUAGAACCAAUUCCGGUGAAGAUGGCAAUGGUGGUAACAACUCAGCUGACCAGAUGUCCACUGGAUCGGUUGAGACUCUGGAUGAUGAGUGUGAGGAGGAUGAAGAUGAGGAGUUGGAGGAUGAGGAGGAGGAAGAAGAGGAAGAGGAGGAGGAGGAUAUGGAGUGUGAGGAGGAAGAGGAAGGGGAUGAGGAUGAUGAUUUGGGUGGUGAUGCACCAGAAGAUUUGACAACUAAAUCAACAUCAUCAACACCACCCAACACCGGUGAACCCAACAAAAUGUCUUCCAGUACUCCUAGACCCACACCUACUGCUACCCCACUAGACAAGGUGGCAACAUCUGGAUCACUCGUUGGUGAACUCAUGGAUAAGUUUGGACUGAGCAAUAUCCAGCAGUACAGUGAAGCCUACAAGCAAGCUCUACAAGAAAGUGUGGUUGGUCCACAUCAACUACACAUCUCCAAAAAAGAUGACCUCAUUCACAGAUCACCAAUCAUCCCAGACAACAACAACAAGCCUUCCACUCCCACUGGUAGAAUACCUGAGAAUGGAAUGUCUGUGAAAUCUGCUGCUCUGAGGAUCAGGGAGGAGUUUGCAAAGAACUUGAUCUCAGGUCAGCCUCCCAUGGAUCUAGUGUCUGGUCAUCAUGGUAUCUUUGGUCACAAUCCAUUUGAGAAUCCCUUUGAUGCCUCAAGUAAGAGAUUGAAACUGGAUCUGGAGAACCAUCAUGGACUGGGUAGAGUGCCAGGAGAUAGGGAUAGCUUGUAUGCUGGACUGUGGCUACCAGCUAUGUCAGCUCACCACAGAGACCAGCUUUUUCCUGGGGAGUCACCCAUGGACAUCCUUUCUUCAAGAUCAAAGAUGAAUUCUGAGCUGAAGAAUGGCCCGAAACCAGGACCCAGUGCAUCUCUCGCGGCUGCGGCUGCAGCAGCUUUGAACCUCGGGUUACCAGGGCAGCAGAUAAAGAAGGAGAACCGCAGAAACGAUACUUGCGAGUAUUGUGGAAAGGUUUUCAAGAACUGUAGCAAUUUAACAGUUCACAGAAGGUCUCACACAGGGGAGAAGCCCUACAAAUGUGAGUUAUGUUCCUAUGCCUGUGCGCAGAGUUCAAAGCUGACCAGGCACAUGAAGACACACGGCAGGCUGGGCAAAGAUGUCUACCGGUGUCGCUUCUGUGAGAUGCCUUUCUCGGUGCCCUCCACACUGGAGAAGCACAUGCGCAAAUGUGUGGUCAACCAGAACAACAAGGCCGGUCACCUGUUACCAUCGAUUCUGAGUGGCGAUGAGGAUUCGAGCGCCUCAGCAUCCAAGGACACCACAUGACUUUUCCCCUGGGGUGGUUUCCGCCAGCUCACUAUGCAGAGCAUCUACUGAGGGCUGUGGAGACUCACCCCCCACACGUGGUCUCUGCCAAGCCACUCACCCAAACAUGGAUGUCAACAUGUACCCAGGUACAGGUGUCCAAACUUUUCAAACUACUGAAGCAUCACCUCUAAUAUGUGGCUGAAAUAAUGCACAUGCUUGCAAUAUAAUUGAAACGUCAUAUACCAUACAUAUCUAUAUUGAUUUUUGCAACAGUUGUUCUUCCAACAAAUUCAAAUUAUUCUUCCAUUCAAUGGAAUCAAUAAUUUUCAUCUGAAAUCUCCAUUUACUUAACUAAAACUUCAUUAUUUAAACUGCACUUUCUAAAAAUGAUUUCUCAUACAAUUCACUCACAACACAUUCAUAGUUUUUGUUCAAUUAAUGAUGUGAUCGCCGAAAGUCUUCAUUGUUAAUCUUGUCUACUAGUCGAACCAUGUGGAACUGAAAUCAUGAGAAUGUUUCUGAUAUGACUAUAGUUAUUGUUAACAAUAAUUUCACAUUUCAUGGAAUUCUGUAUGAUAUGAUAAUCUACUACACAAUGUUUGUAGACAUCAAUCAUUGUUAUUUUGAUGUAGUUCUCAUCAUGGAAAAUAGAGUCUUCCUGCAAACGUUUGAUUUGCAUCUUUGUGAAGAUGUUGAUUAAGUUAUUCAUGGGUAUUCACAAUGAUGAAUGUUUUCUGUAUACUGGAUCCAUGAAUAUCUCAAAUUCUGAUUGUAUUCAAUCAUGUGGGAAUCUAGAAAUGCAUAUAUGUUGAAAGCAACUUUCAAAGUCUCAUUUUUCGUGAUAGAAAAUUGAUGGGAAGUCACAUGGUACUUACGUAAUAUUGAGAGAUUUAUUCUCAUCUCCAAAUUUAAAUUUAUUUAUGUGAUGGUAGUAGCUUCUGUAGAGCGACUCCCCUUUAACUCUCACAUCCAACAUCUUGAAUCAUUUAUUGAUGAGAUGAAAAGGGAUAUAAUCGUAAAAUUAUUUUUUGUAAAUGGAAAUGCUCUUUUAUUAAUUAAAUUAUUGAUGUCCGUAACUGAUACCAAAGUAAAAUAUUUUAAAUGAUUGUAUGAUAUAAUUGUAUUAAUUCAGUACUUAAAAUUUGUUCGAUUCUGUUGAGAUAUUGUUGAAAGUUUUUCUGUUUUGUAAAUACCAAAAAAUCAAGAGCGAUAAUUGUGUUAACCUGGCAAUCUCUUCCAAAACACUUGGGGUCAAAGAAAUUUCAAUCAUGAUGCCAUCAAAAUCAAGAAGAGUUUUCAAUAGUUACAGCAAAAAUAUUGAUCAAAGUACUGAGAGCUUUUAAUUAUUAUUUGAAACUAUUUAGAAGCUUAAGUUCUCUCAAGAUUCUAGAAAUUCCUAUACAUUCUCAGAAUGUACUGACUAUUCAACAUUCCAUGAAAUGAGCAUUUUUAUUCAAUAAAUCAUGAUUCCAUAUCGAAGACUGCUUUGUAUAACGUAAUAUUUUUAUUAUCAUAUAUUCGGGUGCUCUUGAUUUCAAUUCUACUAUAUUAUUUCCAUUGUAUUUUGUAAAUAAAAGUAUUACCGAUAUUGUAUAAUACUGAUUGGGAACGUCAUUGUAUUUUGUUAUAUCAUGAAUAAUCAAUCAAAGUUAGUGAAUAUUGAGUUUGAAUAGAUUUUUGAAUUUAUUUUAUUUUUGAAAUACUAUUAUAUUGUUAAUUGUAUUUUAGUUUUAUCUCAGUUUUUGUUAUUGGGUUGUACUUCACUUAUAAGGCUUUGGACUCGGAUUCCCAGCCUGUUUGUCUGUUAUAUUUUUGGGUAUUUUGUAUUUAUUGUUGUAUUAUCACUAUUAUUAUGGCUACUACUAUUAUUAUUAUUAUCAAUGUAAAACUCGAGUGUAAAUGUAUGUAUAUCCUUGAACUCUCAUGAAUAUAUGUGUGUAAAUAUAGAAGAUUGUUAUCGUAUUCAAUUUUAAUACUGAAGAGAAAGACAAUUGUAAAUACAUAAUAUUAGUUGGAAAUUUCGUAAUGGAUGUACCCCUAAUCAAGGAUUCCAAAAACGAAUCCGUUUCCUAUGAAAUAUAUAUAUCUUCGGAACUUCAAUACGUACUUAAAGCAUGGAAUUGACGUAAAAUCAUAACUUGAAACUUAUUUUCAUUUCCUAAUAUCAUUUUCCAUGGGCCACCAGAAUUUAUUGUUAUUGAAACAUUUCAGUGUAUUCAGCUUUUUCAAUAAAAAACAAUCUUAAAUAAAAGAAUUUAAUUUUUUCACACCCGUUAUUUCUAAUUUUCUUGUUAUUAAUAGUUCUUGCCUUCAAUGAGGAAAAAUCAUUUCACAAAAAAUUAGGACAUUCACAUGUACAUGACAUCCUAUGGAUAAUAAACAAAAUAUAAAUCAACAGUUCUUAUUCAGAAGAGAGAUGUCAAAAAAUUGUAUUGGAAGUAGAUUUCAAAAAAUAUUUCUGAUAGUGUACUUUGAAUCUGUAUAAAAUAGUUCAUUGGAGAGUUUGAAUUUGACACUAUACAUCCAUAGGAUGUCAUGUACCGAAAGUUUUGUGAGGUUAUUUUUCCAAUCCAUGAGUUGCCCUAAUACAGUAUCAUCUUCAAUUUCCUCUCAAUAAUUGAAAAACUACUAGAAUCGUUCUACCAUUUCUAGAAAGCACUCACAGAUUUGAACCUAUACUCUUUGUACUGUUUUUUUAUCCUCACCGAUAGUAUUCGAUAAAAAAUAGAGUCAUUUUUAUUUUAUGAUGAAGGUAACAAGCUGGAUUGAUACUGAUUGAUAAAAUUCAAAACAUUCCUUUUUCAAAUUUUUUCGACAUUUUUACUGCACACUUUGUCUUGGCAUUCCAGUCUACUCUGAUAAUACAAUGGUCAUUCCAACGUCUAGAUGACUCAUCAAUGUCCUUUUUUGAAUUUUAAUUUUUCAAGGUGUAUAAAUAGUGAACGAUCUGUGUCUCCAUACCAUAAAUUCCUAAUCAGUGGUUUUCAAAAUUUUGUAGUCUCUUGUAAAAACAGUAUUAUAAAUGUCUCUAUAUAGGUCCUCUCCACUAUAUACGUCUUUCCUAUAUUAAAUUGACUUCCAUUAAAAUAUAGUAUUCUACACAGGGUAAUUAAAAAAUGAACAGAAGUAUAAAUAAAUAAUCACGGCGAUUAAUAAUGACGAUGCAGAUAAUAAAUAAUAUGAUGUAGAUAAAUGUAUGUCAGGUCAUUUUAUAUAGUUCCAAAAAAGUAUCAAUAUAUUGCUGUAAAAAUAGAUAGUUGAUCUUUGUGAUGUCGAAGUAAUAUCUAAGGGAGAUGACCAUUCUCAUCUCAAUUUUAAUAACAAACUAUAUUCGAAGAUUCAUUCAUUGAAAUCUGCUUAAGUUCCUCUCGAGUGUUUUAUAUUAGUGUGGAAAAAUGUGAUGAUGCUCACAUAUAACUUGUAAAAAAUUAUCAAUGAUCACUCAUACAGGCUGUUGAGAAAUAAUUCAUCAGAGCGAGUUAACACUGAUUUUUAGCCUAUCCCUUAUCAUUUUUCUCAUAAAUACAAGAUCCUUCUAAUCUGGAAUUGAUUAAAAUCGUGAUUCGCAGCUUCAUGAUCACAAAUAGUGUAUUUUUACAAACUCCAUUACAGCUCUCAGAACAUCAAUCUUCUGAUAUAGUUUUUCGAAAAUAGAUUCAACAGCCUGUAUUCUGUGAUCAAACCUUGAAACUAGAUUAAAGUCAUCAUUAUAAUAUAAGACACAUUAUUUAGUAUUCGAAAAUCUAUUCUGUGUACUAGGUUUACUGUGAAAUGGAUAUGAGUUGUUUCUUUCUCGCCUAUGAAUAAUAAAUAAAAUAACAUUUCUCAAUUGUCCAUACUUUAUUUAUUAUUUAUUGUGUUAUAUUUGAGUCUUGAUUAUUGCUAUUACAUAAUUAUUGUACAUUCAAUGUACCAAAUUUAUUUAAAAAUUGAAAUUGUAGAGUUGUGUAUUUAUGGAAAAAAUGAUUGUGAAAGAUAA